AUGUUGACCCAUAAUCGUAUUCUGAAAUUUCCUGAAAAAAUUCGUCAUAUCAAAAAUCUUCAAGUGGAAGACCAACUUCCAUUGGCAGCUUUUGGCGAUUUUUCUCCUAAAUUUGCAGCACAAUGGAAAGAAAUUUUUCAAAAUGAAAUAGGAUCAGGUUAUUUCGAAAUAUGGCUAGCACGUUAUGAAGAAAUGCUCAGGUUGCCAAAAGCUGAAAAAUAUCGCCAAGUAUUUAAACAACGUAUCAGUGCAUUGCUGAAUGCAAUGGUGAGUAAUCCGGAUUUACGUAAACUGUGUUAUUAUACAGCAUCUAAUGUUAUUGCAACAUCUCAUGACGGUAUUAUAUUUUCCUUAUUCGAAAUAGAAGUCAAACACAUUGAACAGCGAAUAAUUGAAUUACAAUUAUCUGAUGAGGAGGUUCGUCAGGAAAUCGAACGAGCCUUUAAUUUUUAUCAUUUACAAGAACUCGCUUUAUUACGCGCCCAAGAAGGCUCGUAUGAAAACAACGCGACUGCUGAAGAGGAAAUUGUCGAUGCGCAAGAAACUGUGUUGUUUUUCUACACUUCUCCUGAAAAUACUUUGGAAAUGCCAUUGGGCUGCGAAAUACCACGUUAUAUGUAUCAACCAGAAAUGGCUCUAGCAAAUCAUCAUGAUGUAAGAAAAGCAGUCGAACGCAUUCAACGCGAAAAAAACGAACGUGGAUCAGAUUAUUUGAUUGAUUUUGUUUUGAAUAAGGAAUAUUGGAUUAAAUAUUUAUCAAAACGUUACGAAGAUUUCAUCACAGAACACACACAAGUUUUCGUAGAUCAAAUGGAAGAAAUAGAAUCAAAAAAAGACAAAAUUAAUGAAUAUGAUUAUCUCAUACAGAUGAAUGCUCUAGUCUCUGAGAAGAAUCAAUUGGAACGAGAAUGGUAUUAUCAAUUGAGUAAGAACUUUGUUGGGGAUUGA